AAAAAAAUCUUUAAAUAAUUGAAAUCUAGGCAGCAACCUUCCUGAAGAAUUGACUGCCCAACCUAACCAUGAACAUGAUUCAAACAUGUUAAUAAAUAAACUAAGACCAUGGGGAAUUCAUAUGCUGGGCAACUGAAAUCUGCUCGAUUCGAGGAAGCUCUCCACAACUCCAUAGAAGCCUCACUCAGAUGUAGCAGUGUGGUACCACGGCCAAUUUUUUCCCAGCUAUACCUGGACCCUGACCAGCAUCCUUUCUCAUCUGCAGAUGUCAAACCCAAGGUGGAGGAGCUGGAUAAGGAUUUGGUACAUCGCUACACCCAAAAUGGAAGUCUGGAUUUCUCUAACAAUCUAACAGUCAAUGAAAUGGAAGAUGAUGAAGAUGAUGAAGAAAUGUCUGAUUCAAACAGCCCGCCAAUUCCCUAUUCACAAAAACCUGCCCCAGAAGGAUCUUGCACUACAGAUGGUUUUUGUCAAGCAGGAAAGGAUUUGCGCUUGGUAUCGCUGUGUAUGGAACAAAUCGACAUCCCAGCAGGAUUCCUCCUGGUGGGGGCCAAGUCUCCCAAUCUUCCUGAACACAUUCUCGUUUGUGCUGUAGACAAGCGAUUUCUACCAGAUGAUCAUGGGAAAAAUGCACUUUUAGGGUUUUCUGGAAACUGUAUAGGCUGUGGAGAACGAGGAUUUCGGUAUUUCACGGAAUUUUCCAACCACAUUAACUUGAAGCUCACCACGCAGCCAAAGAAGCAGAAGCACUUAAAGUACUACCUAGUUAGAAGCUCCCAGGGUGUACUCUCAAAAGGACCUCUUAUCUGCUGGAAAGAAUGUAGAAGCCGACAAUCCUCUGCUGUUUGCCACUCCAUUAAACCAAAUACUUCAGUGUCAUCAACUGUGACACCAGAAAAUGGAACAACAAACGGAUACAAAUCAGGAUUCACUCAGACAGAUUCACCAGUUCUCAGUCCAGCUAAUUCUGCAAUCAAUUUAAGUGGAACUCAGGACCUGACCGGGAACAAGAACAUUGUGAAACCACUGGCUUUAUCCUUGCAAGCUAUGGGGAAGACAUUCGCUGCAGAUGCUGCUAAUGGAAACAGUAGCCACGGAGGGAAGAAUAAUGCCUCCAGCUCCACUCUCCCCCACCCAGGGAAUUACUCUGUAUCCCCAAGACCUAGUUACACAUCAGGAGACCAAGCUACCAUGUUCAUUUCUGGGCCACCAAAGAAACGACACCGAGGCUGGUAUCCGGGUUUCCCUGUCCCCCAGCCUGGUUUAGUUGUACCUGUUCCUACAGUUCGCCCUGUUUCAAGAACUGAGCCUUUUUUAUCUGCCCCAAUUCCACAGACCCCAUUAACUGGAAUUUUACAACCUCGGCCCAUUCCUGCAGGGGAAACUGUCAUUGUUCCUGAAAACCUGCUGAGUAACUCAGGAAUCAGACCAGUUAUUCUGAUAGGCUAUGGCACUUUACCCUAUUUCUAUGGAAAUGUUGGUGACAUUGUUGUGAGUCCCCUGCUGGUGAAUUGCUACAAGAUUCCACAGUUGGAAAACAAAGAUUUGGAACAGUUAGGGUUGACAGGCAGCCAACUCCUGAGUGUGGAAAAUAUGAUUCUUCUGACAAUACAGUAUCUUGUGAGGCUCGGUCCUGAUCAAAUUCCUCUCAGGGAAGAAUUUGAACAAAUUAUGCUGAAAGCUAUGCAGGAAUUUACUCUGAGAGAGCGAGCUCUGCAGAUUGGGGCCCAGUGUGUCCCCAUAUCUCCAGGACAACUCCCCUGGCUGGCUAGAUUGAUUGCCAGUGUAUCUCAAGACUUGGUUCAUGUGAUCGUGACCCAGAACUCUUUGGCGGAAGGCAUUUCAGAAACCCUAAGGACUCUCAGUGAAAUGAGACACUAUCAGAGGCUACCAGAUUAUGUGGUAGCAAUUUGUGCUUCGAAAAUCAGAGGAAAUGAAUUCUGCGUGGUAGUCUUAGGUCAGCAUCAGUCCCGGGCUCUGGCAGAGAGCAUGCUCACCACAAGUGAGUUCUUGAAAGAAAUUAGUUAUGAGCUCAUCACGGGAAAGGUCAGUUUCCUGGCAUCACAUUUCAAAACCACGUCAUUAGGUGAUGAUCUGGACAUGCUAUUAGAAAAAAUGCAGCAAAGAAGAGGAGACAGUGUGGUUACCCCUUUCAACGGAGACCUUCACGAAUGUGUGUCACCCCGGGAGGCUGCUGCUAUGAUCCCCACGCAAAACCUGGAUUUAGAUAACGAAACCUUCCAGAUUUAUCAACCACAGCUUACGGUUGCCAGAAAGCUCUUAUCCCAGGUCUGUGCUAUUGCGGACAGUGGCAGCCAGAGCCUAGACCUUGGCCACUUCAGCAAAGUGGACUUCAUCAUCAUUGUCCCAAGGUCAGAGGUUCUGGUCCAGCAAACUCUUCAACGGGUCCGACAGUCAGGCGUCCUUGUAGACUUGGGUCUGGAGGACAACGGGACAGCUCAUCAGAGAGCAGAGAAAUACGUGGUGCGUCUCGACAAUGAGAUCCAAAGCAAGUUUGAUGUUUUUAUGCGAAAAGUGAAACAGAACCCAUACACACUGUUUGUGCUGGUUCAUGACAACUCCCACGUGGAACUAACGAGUGUCAUUUCAGGCUCUGUGUCACACGGUGAGCCCAGUCAUGGAUUAGCUGAUAGAGUCAUAAACUGCAGAGAAGUUCUGGAAGCUUUCAACCUCUUGGUGCUGCAAGUUAGCUCCUUCCCGUACACACUACAGACCCAACAGUCUCGAAUCAGCUCCAGCAAUGAGGUACACUGGAUACAGCUGGACACGGUGGAGGAGGUGGGCUGUGAGGAGAAGCUGUAUUUUGGCCUGAAUGAGUACAGCAAGUCUCUGCAGUGGGGGAUCACAAGCCCACUGCUGAGGUGUGACGAGACUUUUGAGAAGAUGGUGAACACACUCUUGGAGAGGUACCCCAGGCUCCACAGCAUGGUCGUCCGCUGCUACCUGCUCAUCCAGCAGUACUCCGAAGCGCUGAUGGCUCUCACCACCAUGGCCUCACUCCGGGACCACAGCACACCGGAAACUCUCAGCAUUAUGGAUGACCUCAUCAGCUCUCCAGGAAAAAACAAAAGUGGGCGGGGACACAUGCUCAUUAUCAGGGUGCCCUCGGUGCAGCUGGCCAUGUUAGCCAAGGAGCGGCUGCAGGAGGUGCGCGACAAGCUGGGUCUGCAGUACCGAUUCGAGAUCAUCCUUGGGAACCCGGCCUCUGAACUCAGUGUUGCAGCUCACUUUGUGACACGAUUAAAGACUUGGAGAGGAAAUGAAUCCGAAGAGUGGGUUCCUCGGACAUAUCAAGAUUUAGAAGGUCUGCCUUGCAUCGUGAUAUUAACUGGCAAAGAUCCUCUUGGAGAAACCUUUCCCAGAUCUUUGAAGUACUGUGACCUCCGGUUAAUUGACUCAAGCUAUUUAACUCGCACGGCCUUGGAGCAAGAGGUUGGUCUGGCCUGCUGCUAUGUCUCCAAAGAAGUCAUCCGGGGACCCACGACUGCCUUGGACCUCAGUGGGAAGGAGCAGGAGCGAGCCACCGCCAGUGAGCACGAUUCUGAUGAGCUGCUCAUUGACCUGGAGCGGCCCCAGAGCAACAGCAGUGCUGUCACUGGAACCUCAGGUUCCAUCAUGGAGAAUGGGGUGAGCUCUUCCAGCACAGCUGACAAGGCCCAGAGGCAGCCCCUGACGCCCAGUUUCCAGAGCCCAGGCCCCAGUGUGGGGCUGGACGAAGGGGUCUCUGGCAGCCCGGCUGGAGCUGGGGAGAGUUUGAAGCAGGAGUGUGACUCCUUGGGCCCCCCGCUAGCGAGCAGCACCACCUCCAAACCUUCAUCCUCCUCCUCCUCUUCUUCCUCGGGACCUGGCACGCUCUCCUGGCCAGGAUGCCGAAGCCUCCACACAGCCCUACCCCCAGUCGUGAUCUUAUCCAAGGCGGCCUACAGCCUGCUGGGCUCCCAGAAGGGCGGAAAGCUGCCGUCCUCCACGUCCCUGCUGCCGCACGCCGACGUGACCUGGCUGAGUUCACUGCGCCCGCUCCUGCACAGGGACAUGAGCAGCGAGGAGCAGUCCCUCUACUACAGGCAGUGGACCUCUGCUCGGCAGCACCACGCCGACUACAGCAACCAGCCCGACCCGGCCACGGGCGCCCGCACCUUCCAUCCGCGGCGCCUGCUGCUGACUGGACCGCCCCAGGUGGGAAAGACUGGCUCCUAUUUGCAGUUCCUUAGGAUCCUCUUCCGCAUGCUCAUCAGGCUCCUGGAGGUGGAUGUGUACGACGAGGAGGAGAUCAACACUGAUCACAGUGAGAACAGCGGGGUCAGGCAGGCAGAGGGAGAGCCCUGGCCUGACAUCGAGAGCUUCAGUAAGAUGCCCUUUGACGUCAGCGUGCACGACCCCAAGUACAGCCUGAUGAGCCUGGUGUACACCGAGAAGCUGGCGGGGGUCAAACAAGAAGUAAUCAAAGAAGCCAAGAUUGAGGAGCCCAGGAAACGAGAAACUGUGUCCAUGAUGCUGACCAAAUAUGCAGCCUACAACACCUUCCAUCACUGUGAGCAGUGCCACCAGUACAUGGACUUUGCCGCCGCCUCGCAGAUGUCUGACUCCACCCUUCAUGCAUUCACGUUCUCCUCCUCGAUGCUGGGAGAAGAGGUGCAGCUCUAUUUCAUCAUCCCCAAAUCCAAAGAGAGUCAUUUUGUCUUCAGCAAGCAGGGCAAACAUCUGGAGAGCAUGCGGCUGCCUCUGGUUUCAGACAAGCAGGAUCUGAAUGCAGUCAAGAGCCCUAUUUUCACCCCUUCCAGUGGUCGCCACGAGCACGGACUCUUAAACCUUUUCCACGCCAUGGAAGGCAUCAGCCACCUUCACCUGCUGGUAGUCAAGGAAUAUGAGAUGCCACUGUACCGCAAGUACUGGCCCAACCACAUCAUGCUGGUGCUUCCUGGCAUGUUCAACAAUGCAGGCGUGGGUGCUGCCAGAUUCCUCAUCAAGGAGCUGUCCUACCACAACCUAGAACUGGAGAGGAACCGCCUGGAGGAGCUGGGAGUCAAGCGCCAGUGUGUGUGGCCUUUCAUCGUGGUGAUGGAUGACUCAUGUGUCCUGUGGAACAUCCACAGUGUUCAGGAGCAGACCAGCCAGCAAAUGGAAGCAGGAAUUUCCAGUAAGAAUGUGUCCUUAAAGAGUGUCUUGCAGCAUAUCGAAGCCACACCAAAAAUUGUUCACUAUGCAAUUCUGGGCAUACAGAAGUGGAGCAGCAAACUGACUCGCCAGAGCCUCAAGGCCCCGUUCUCCAGGUGCCACGUGCAUGAUUUCAUCCUCCUCAACAUAGACCUGACUCAGAAUGUGCAGUAUGACUUCAAUAGGUAUUUUUGUGAAGACGUUGACUUUAACCUGAGAACAAACAGUAGUGGCCUGCUCAUCUGCCGCUUUAAUAACUUCAGUCUCAUGAAGAAACAUGUUCAGGUUGGCGGGCAAAGGGACUUCAUCAUUAAGCCAAAGAUCAUGGUGUCAGAGAGCUUGGCACCCAUCCUGCCCCUUCAGUACGUCUGCGCUCCUGACAGUGAGCACACGCUGCUGGCAGCCCCUGCGCAGUUUCUCCUCGAGAAGUUCCUUCAGCACGCUUCAUACAAACUCUUUCCCAAAGCCAUCCAGAACUUCAAGAGUCCCGUGUUGGCCAUUGACUGCUACCUUAACAUUGGACGGGAGGUGGCCGUGUGCUACAUCAGCUCCAGACCCCACUCCAGCAAUGUCAACUGUGAAGGGGUGUUUUUCAGUGGACUCCUCUUGUACCUCUGUGACUCUUUUGUAGGUGCUGAUCUUCUCAAGAAAUUUAAGUUUCUGAAAGGUGCUACACUAUGCGUCAUUUGCCAGGACAGAAGCUCCUUACGCCAAACAAUUGUCCGCUUGGAGCUGGAGGACGAGUGGCAGUUUCGCCUGAGGGAUGAAUUUCAAACUGCAAACAGCAGUGAGGACAAGCCCCUCUUCUUUCUUACUGGGCGACACGUAUGAGCUUUUGGAGGGACCAACAGCAGCAGUGGACGCCUGGGGGGUGGGGUGGGAAAGCAACAAUUACGUGGGAUUUCUUUUUUCCUUUAAAGUACAAUCACUGUUGAGCAAAGUGCAACAUGUAUGCCCGUUCUCCAAAGAACCCCAAAACCUGACCCGGGUGUCUGGGGACAUUGCUUUUCUUCAGUUCUAAUUACGGAACCUUAAGUUUGGGUAAACUCCACCCUAGGCAGUCACUAGGUUACUGAAGAAAUGGGCUGCCUGCUGGCUCCUGAAGAUGAUCCACUGUGAAGAACAAACAUGGAGUUGGCAUUUUUCACCUACUAUGCUACGAAAGGAGACAUGGACUCUGAGCAUGAGCUAGCUUGAAUGUGUUGCAAGAGACUCACACCGCUGGUGUGGAAUUAAUUGAAGAGGAAUGUUGAGGCCUGAACCCUCAGCUUCUCUUCAGCUCUGUACCUUGGUACAGCAUUACUCAGGGGUCUGAAUGAUCGAAUGUAGAAGAUAUUUGUAUUUAAAAAAAAAAAAGUAGCUUUGUCUUUCU